AAAUAUUGAAAACCCUACUGAAAAGACUCCUCAAGUACUCGAAACCACUGGAAAUGAAGAAGUCAUCGACGAAAGUGGUUCUCUAUAUUCUAAAAUGUUCGCAGACCGUGGUCCUAAUAAACGUAAAGUAAAAAUGAGGGCCAUAGCAGAAGAUCUUUUUGACGAAGCAGACCCUGGCGACUCCGAUUAUAAAUUUGUCAACGAAGACAGCAGUUGCCAAGACGACAUUAAUACCGAUACUGACGACACUGUUGUCAGUGAUAAACAUUUUGGUCUCACUGUUAAUGAGCCUGCUGAAAUUUCCGACGCUGACUUUGUCGACAUAAAUAAUGAGCCUACGCCUGAAGAAAAUAAAGAGGAAAAGGUCAGAGAAUUUUUGAAAAAAUGGAAACUCGACGAUCCAGGUGUUUGUUGCAUAUGUCUUGAAAAUUCAACAACUGAAGAUAACAUGCUAGUAUAUUGCGAUGGUGAUGAUUGUGAAGUUGUUUGUCAUCAAGAAUGUUAUGGAAUCGUGCAUUUACCUGCUACUGAUGAGCCUUGGUACUGCGAUAAAUGUUUAGCAAAACCUAGUGAAACUGUGACAUGCGCGCUUUGUCCUAAACAAAGUGGUGCAUUUCGUAGAAUGAAGGAAGGAGAUAAAGCUGGUACCUGGGUUCAUCUCGUGUGUGCUCUCUGGAUGCCUGGAAUGUGGAUUGGGAAAACUGCAGAAAUGAGCGAGAUUACAAUAGAAAUAAUUGAUCCCAAAAAUUGGAAUAAGCCAUGUUGCGUGUGUGGGCCAGGUGAUUCGCAAGAAGGCGCUACAGUUCAUUGUGACGCAGGAGAAUGUAAGUCAUGGCUUCAUGUUACAUGUGCGCAAUCAUUAAAUCUUUUGGAGUGUGUUGAAGAAGAUCCAGAAAUUUCAGAUCCUUAUUUUGUGUAUUGUCCUCAGCAUGGCUCUCACGGACCACCAAGGCUUAAUGAUUGGGAAAGAUGGUACCGGAAACGUGAUAAAUUCCUUGAACAAGUUCAAAAGGAAGAAAGUCAGGCAAGAUUAAAACGUAUUAAAUCAUAUUCUGAUAGUGGCACCGGUCUUCUCGAAAUAUUUGAAGACAGGUACGCCAAAUAUCGUAGUCGAAGAGAACAACGUAUAGCUAGAUGCCGAAGAAAAAUAGCUCAAAUGAAUUCUCAAAUUCAAGGACUUGGGGAACAAAAAGAUAAAUAUGAAAAUCAGACUAAAGACUAUACGAAUAAGAUAGCAAAUUUAAAACAGGAAAAUGCUGCUAUUGAAAAAUAUUUAGAACAAGUAAACGAAAGUUUACUUAUUUUGUCAAAAUCAAUUACGAAUCUUCCGAAUAUUCUGACACUUAAUACUGCUCAAUCUAGUUCAAAAGUUUGUCCUUCAGUUAUUGAUAAUCCAGCCGUCAACUCUAUAUUGGAAUUUCUUGAAACAACGCCUGAAAUACAAUGGACUAAUCAGUCAAAAGAUAUUGCUCAAAAAAUUCAAAUUAAUAAACUUGAUACUAGUUGUGUAACAUCUUUGGGCAUUAAAUCAAUACAACAAAUUAAAGAUAAAGAAUCUGCUGAUGCUCAAGCAGACAAUACUGCUACUAGUAGCACGCAAGAUGUUCCUAGUUCUACAAUAAAGAAAAAACAAAGGGGACGUCCUGCUAAGAACAAAGUCCAUGACUCUAAAAGAACAGAUAGAAAUUUUAACAAUAUUCCGGAUAAUACGGAUUCAAUAAAUGAUAGCUCAACGAAUAAUGCCAUUGGUUUUGUUGGCAGCAGUGAUUCAAUGCAAGGUGUUCAAGAUACCAGUUUGAUCGAUAUAAUCGAUGUAGUUGGAGAUAGACAAACAAAUGGUGAUAUUACUCUUAAAAGUGAAAAUAUUACUGGCAAUAUUUUUACUGGUUCUACUUCGAACAUUUAUACGAAUAGCUUAGACGUUGGAAAAAUUUCAUUUAAUAGUAAUAAAAUUACAAGCAUUGCCACUCUCCUAAACCCAGUAGAAAGUAUUAUGUCUACUGAGAAUAGCGGCAGUUUUAAUAUAGUUGAGCGCAACAAUCAGAACAUUAUAUUUGGUACAAAUAAUCUUGUUAACAGAUUAGUUAAAUCUGCAGAUGGCUUUACCACCAAUAAUUCAAAUACGAUCAAUGAUCUGUUAAAUUCUAAUAGGAUUGGAAAUAUUGGUGGACCCUCAUCAAUAAAUGGAAGUUAUAUUAACUCUAAUGCAAUGUUUGCUAACAGUCAACUUGCGGGUUGGCCGUCGGAGAUUGAAUACUUGACUAAUAAUGUUUAUGAACCAGUUUCUUUGAAACCAGCACCAAACAGUUUGCCGUUGCCAAAAGAACACCCAAGUCAUCCUUUCACAUCCUCACCUUUACCUCCGGUCGCGUCCGAUCCAGAAAAGCCUAAUUCUUCGGUUAAAAUCAAGUCGUUAAAAGAACGAAAAGACCACCCAGCUUUUCCAGGCUAUGGACUGUUUGCGACGAAAGAGCUCAGGGAGCUUGGUCUUAUUAUUAGUUACACUGGUAUAGUCACGACAAGAGCAGUUGGAGGUGAGGAACGUAGUGAUUAUGUUUUAGGAUUCGGCAGUCAACUAUGUGUUGACAGUUGGAAAAAAGGAAGCGAAGCAAGAUUUAUCAAUGAUUAUCGCGGAAUCCUUUCGAAACCAAAUGCAACAUUCCACGAAUACAUUGAUUCACAAAGUGGAGAGAUCAAAAUGGGAGUUUGGGUCAUGCCAGGGGUGGGAAAAAUUAAAAAAGGUGAUGAAAUUGUAGUAAGCUACGGAAAAAGCUUCUGGAAAGAAAGAGGUUUUUUAAAGGAAUGA